AUGUUUAGCUUUUCUAGCCAAGGUGUGUUUGGUGAACUCCCUCUGCAAGGUCCAUUCACCGGCAUCUUCCCGGCCCAGCUAACGGGUAUAUUCGACGAAUCCGUCUAUGAAACGAACGAUUUCCGAAUGUACUGUUACAAGAUCAAGCCCUGCUCCAGAACUCGAAGCCAUGACUGGACACUCUGCCCCUUUGCACACAACGGGGAGAAGGCGCGGCGGCGUGAUCCACGGAGGUACAACUACGCCGCCAUCGCCUGCCCGGACUUCAAGAACGGUGAGUGCAUGAAGGGGGACGCGUGUCCAUAUGCACACGGAGUUUUCGAGUACUGGCUGCACCCGGGGAAGUACCGGACGCGCCUGUGCAAUGCUGGCAAGUUCUGCCAACGGAAGGUCUGCUUCUUCGCCCACUCACCGGAGGAGCUCCGGGGUGAGACUAAGUACAAGUCUCACUAUGUUGUCCGACCCGUUCCCGUCACAAAUUUAAUCGGGUUGGAGGGUGGAGAAGGAGCGUCAACUUCGGCUGUGGGGACACCUCCGGCUCCGGUGGCUGACCCUCCAACUGGUGGCAGUGAUUGGAGUUGUGAAUUCCUGAGCCGCCUGAGGAGUCUGAAAAUAAGGGAGGAAGAGGAGGAGAGGCCGAAGGAUUCGGGUUGGGACCAGUCGGAUUCGGAUUAUCCGGAUAUCGAUUGGGUUGCGGAUCUUGUGGAGUGA